GGAGUCGAUGGUGGAAUGAUGCCUGUUGCUUGGCAACAGCGUAGCUGCUGAUAAUUUCCUGUCCUACCGUCUUAAUUUUGGAGGGUUUUUAGAAUGUUUAUGUGUAUGUUAUAAUGUAUCACUAGAUUAAAGAAAAUCACAAGUUUAGGUGUUGACAGCUCAACCGGUGAAGAAUUAUGGAGAGUUAUACUUUUGUUAGGGUAGUGGGAAAAGGGAGCUACGGAGAAGUGAAUUUGGUCAGACACAGAACAGAAGGAAAACAGUACGUCAUCAAGAAGUUGAACUUAAGAAUGUCAUCAAAACGUGAGAGGAGAUCUGCUGAACAGGAAGCACAGCUGCUGUCCCAGCUGCGACACCCUAACAUUGUGACAUACAGGGAGUCCUGGGAGGGGGAGGACUGCCAUCUGUACAUCGUCAUGGGAUACUGUGAAGGGGGGGAUCUCUACCACAAGCUGAAGCAGCAGAAGGGCGAACUUCUUCUAGAGAGACAAGUGGUUGAGUGGUUUGUCCAAAUCGCCAUGGCAUUACAGUACCUGCAUGAAAAACACAUCUUGCAUAGAGAUUUGAAAACCCAGAACAUCUUUCUGACCAAGACAAACAUAAUAAAAGUUGGAGAUCUUGGGAUUGCUCGAGUGCUAGAAAACCAGAACGACAUGGCCAGUACUUUAAUUGGGACACCCUACUAUAUGAGCCCUGAGCUUUUCUCCAACAAGCCGUACAACUACAAGUCUGACAUUUGGGCGCUGGGUUGCUGUGUGUAUGAAAUGGCCACUCUGAAGCAUGCCUUCAAUGCGAAGGAUAUGAACUCCCUGGUGUAUCGCAUCGUUGAAGGAAAGCUGCCUCAAAUGCCCAGCAAAUACAACCCACAGCUGGGAGAGCUGAUCAGAUCCAUGCUGAGUAAGAAGCCAGAGGAGAGGCCUGAUGUCAAGCACAUCCUCCGGCAGCCGUACAUCAAGCAGCAGAUCUCUUUGUUUUUAGAAGCAACGAAGGAAAAAACUGCCAAAUCAAAGAAGAAGGUUCUCAGUAGCCAGCCAAAUAGUGCAUCUUCACUUCUGGCGCCACCGCUUUCAAAACCUGAGGCUCACAACCAGCCUCUCUCUGAUAUAUCCAAGAAGGGUAAAGUGAGGGAGGUAAACUAUUUGCCACAACACAAAAGCAGCAGGCCAGCGAAUGAGGCCCUUCCAUCCCCAAAAGAGUAUUCCCCAGAAGCUCUCCCACAAGACAGUCUUAACAAUACAGGGGCAUCCUUGGCUAGUGUGAGCAACAUUGAUAUUGACAUCCUAACUUCAAAGGAAAAUAGAAAGCACUUGAAAGCACAACCUCAAACUCUGGUAGCGCCAAACCACAUCCAUUCUGAUGCCAAGCCAGGCGAAGAGAGGAAAAGCAGGAAAACACAGCCUUCAUCAUCUGAGACACACAAUAGGAAGAUAGUGACCAGUGACAGCAGGACUAAUGAAGAGCCAAAGGAUGUUCCUGUGAGGGAUGCUGUCCUCCAACCUGGCAACCUAGUAAAGAGUGGACCAUCAGCAUCCCCUGAACCUCAGAAUGAAGAUACUUUGAAGCUGCUCCAAGAAGCACCUGCUUCAGAAGAUAUUCAUGUCAAGGAGAUUUUGGACUCAACAGGAAAGCUUUUGGAGCCCCUUGUAUCUGUUAUAAUUGAGGAGCAUUCUGCUCAUGAGUUGCUACCCAGUCUUCCAUCUCCUAAGCUGCAGCCUCCUUCCUCAACUUCUGAACCUUCUGUAUCCUGUUUGCAUAGACAGAGGAACAGGGAGAAAAUGUGGGAAAACAGGGGAAAUGACAACGAGGACAGGACGGCCCUUCACGGGCCUCUGCCACCUUCCUCUGGUGGUUUUGUUGCAGAAAAUGUGAAGAGGAGUCAGAGCUCCAUGGAGGCACAGACGUCAUCCUCAUCUGGCAUCCCUGGUUCUAGACGUCUUGGUGUUGCAGUGUCACAUGAUCGUCCCUUGUCUGCUAGAGAACGAAGAAGACUAAAGCAGUCCCAGGAAGAUUUCUGUCACUUAGCUGGUGUUCCUGCACCAAGGCCAACAUCAUGUGAUAUUCCCAGUUCAGACAUAAGACCUUCUCACAUUCAGGAAGCUGCUGUUAACUGCACUGCAUCCGAUACCCCCAGCAAAACAAACAAGGUAAGCAGGUUGUCACAACAGCAGUCAGAGGAAGAUGAAUGCAGCUCCUCUACCAGUUCUACGGACCCAUUGGAAGGAGAACACAAAGAAAGAAAGAGCCAAUCUACUGAAAUGCAGGACCUAGUUCAGUUGAUGACACAAACAUUAAGAAUGGAUUCCAGAGAUCCAGGCACAGAAAAAGCUGGUUGUGAUGCCACGUCAGUGCCCGAGUUCAAGCUGAACAGGAAGUACAGAGACACGUUGGUUCUGCAUGGGAAGGCAAAAUUGGAUCAAGUGGAUUUUCACUUGAGUGAACUCCCUUCAGACACUACAUCGGGUCGUACAAAGAUCAUGAGAGCGAUUGAACGCUUACGGACUGAUGUAGCGAAGGGACUGGGAGUGAAACUUUUAAACAGGGUUCUGGACAUUAUGGAGGAAGAUGAUGAGGGCAAGAGAGAGCUGUGUCUCCGAGAAGAAAUGGGAGAAGACACCUACAAGGCAUAUGCUGUGAUGGUGCGGCAACUGAAAUUCUUUGAGGAUGUAGUGUCUAGGGAAUGGGGUACCUAGUGACUUCACCCAGUCUGUGCCUUCUGUUAUGCAAGUGGAAUUAAGGACCUCAAAUGUGAAUAAAAGCAAAACUGUAAAGAUACUUUUAUAUUUUUCAUUUUACUUUUAAAUGUACCGUUAUAGACAAAUAAACAGAUGACCACCCAUGUAUAGAAAUCUCAUUUUAUAGCUGGAGAAAAUUUAAACAUUAGAAAUACCUAACUCUGCACUAUGAAAUAAUUGAAGUGCAUAGGUUAAGGUUUAAACACUGUGAAAUCUUUGUGUAUUUUUUUUGUAGAAGAUAAUGCAUUUUACAUUUUUUAAAUUGUCAUUAUUGAAAUAGACGCUCCUCUACUUACAAACUUUCAACUUACGAACUUUCAGACAUACGAAC